AUAAAAAGGCUUGAAUUUGCACUAAGCUCGUCCCUUUUCCAUCGACUGGAAGAAUUUUUAGUUAGUUGCCUUACGAAGAUAAUUGGUAGAACGUGAAUCGUUAUGCAAACUCCAUUCUCGACUCCACCAGCCCGAACCAUCAUAUCAACUCCCGAUGCGCCGAGAAUCGAUCGAGUACGAGCCUCAGAGAGAGUAUAUAUGGAGAGUCACGAAUCCGAUUUGCCAAUGUAUGAAAGCGUAAGACAACCCGUGACUAACGAAGAUCAAGCGAAGAGAGAAGUCAAAGGCAAAUCGAAGCGAAAGGGUAGCGAAUUGAAAAAUCCCUGGAUCCUUAUGAAAAAGUGUCGCAAACUAUUUAGCAGCGAUAAAACUCGUACUCAGAAAGAUUCCUUCGGCGCAAGGGAGAAGAUGGACGAUUGCAGAGAUGGUGAGAGACCGGAAAGCAACACUCGAUUGCCAAUGAACGAAGCUAAUAAAAUGUGGUUAGGAAAUUUGCCAUUUUAA